CACGGCAAGACGUCGUACCUGCGCACCGGCGCAUCUCCUCCUCGUCCUUCGCCGUCGCCGGAGAGUUCCGGCAAUUUCACCGUGUGAGUGACAGACCUCAAUAAGGUACUUCGAUAUUCAUGGAAGCGGUCGUGGUUGACGCUGGAACCAAACUGCUGAAGGCAGGUUUUGCUGUUCCGGACCAGCCUCCUUCUAUGGUGAUUCCAACUCAGAUGAAACAAGUACCUGAAGAUGAGUCAGUAACCAAUGCUUCCUUGCCUGAGAAUGCAACAGUGGAUCCAAUUGUGCGAGGCUUCAUAAGUGAUUGGGAUGCCAUGGAAGAUCUACUGAGCCAUGUUCUGUAUACUGGUCUGGGCUGGGAAAUUGGAAAUGAAGGACAAAUUUUAUUUACGGAUCCAUUGGCCACUCCUAAGGCAAUUAGAGAGCAACUGGUGCAAAUGAUGUUUGAAAAAUUCAAUGUAUCUGGUUUUUUUGCAAUUGAGCAAGCUGUACUAUCACUUUAUGCUCUGGGGCGCAUCUCUGGCUGUACUGUUGAUAUUGGCCAUGGAAAGAUGGACAUUGCAUCGGUAAUUGAAGGUGCUGUUCAGCAUAUAUCCUCAAGACGUUUUGAAAUAGGGGGUUUGGAUUUGACUAAUUUGUUUGCUCAAGAGCUCCGUAAAUCCCAUCCAUUUGUCAACUUGAGCACAUCCGAUAUUGAAAAAUUGAAGGAGCAGUAUGCAUGCUGUGCUGAGGAUGAGAAUGCUUAUGAAAGGGUCCUGCAGGAUUGCCCUGAGGAGCAAUUCACUCUGCCUGACGGACAGGUGAUAAAAAUUGGAAAAGAAAGGUAUGCUGUUGGCGAGGCCCUAUUUCAACCAUCUAUGUUGGGUUUAGAGGCACAUGGGAUUGUUGAACAGCUUGUUCGUUGUGUUGCAACUGUGUCGUCUGAGAAUCAGCGCCAGCUUCUCGAAAAUACUGUACUUUGUGGUGGAAGUGCUUCCAUGACUGGGUUUGAAGAAAGGUUUCAGAAAGAAGCUAGCCUUUCCUCGUCAGCCAUCCGCCCUUGUCUGGUGAAGGCUCCAGAAUACAUGCCGGAAAAUGUGGCGAGGUAUUCGGCGUGGACGGGAGGUGCCAUAAUAGCGAAGGUGGUGUUUUCUCAGAAUCAGCAUGUGACGAAAGCUGAUUAUGACGAGACCGGACCUUCCGUUGUUCAUCGUAAGUGCUUUUAGAGUAGAGUCGGGAUUUAUACUAAUCGGCCGGGAUAUGAUAUGAUAUGUCUUCAAAUAGCUGAAGUUAUUGAUGAUGUUGCUGCUCUGCUCCUGUAUGUCUUCAAAAUGUUAUGUAACUUGCGGACGGAUUGAAUUUAUAACUGUUAAUGAGUCGA